GCAGCCGGCUCGUCCCGCCCCUGCCUCUGAGUGAUAGGACCGUGGACUGCAACAUUGCCAGCCGGACACGAAGUUUGUCGGCCCUUGCCUUGGCUGAGCUGAGGAAUGUGAGCACAGCUUCCUUGGUAAAGAUCUUGCCUUUGGAAACAUCUCACCCGUUGGCAGCUCUCCAGAGUUCAGACUUGGCAGCAUCAAGGACACAACGCAAGCCCGAAUCCUGCCACCAUCCUGGGUGUCUUCACUGUUCACAGCAGGCAUUUUGGAGAUCAAAGAUGGGUAGAAAAGAUGCCUCCACUGUAAAACUUCCUGUUGAUCAGUACAGAAAGCAAAUUGGUAAACAGGAUUAUAAAAAAACCAAACCUAUUUUACGAGCAACCAAAUUAAAAGCAGAAGCAAAGAAAACAGCAAUAGGCGUAAAGGAAGUCGGCCUCUUACUUGCAGCUAUAUUGGCCCUCCUACUGGCUUUUUAUGCGUGCUUUUAUCUCAGACUGUCCACAGAUGUUGACCCUGGUCUGGAACCAGAUGAAGAUUAGCUGAGCAGCAAUCAAUGCAUGAAAAGGGAAGUAAUUUUAUAAAAGCACUUCGUGGGACCAAUGCUUUCCUAAGAACUGAAGCAGCAACAUCUUGAAUUCUUUCUGCUGGUAUUUUCAGUUUGCAGAAAUAUCUUUUUAAAUAGUUGCAUAGAGUAUCAAGAAAAGAACCUCACCUAGCAAUGUAGUGUAACAUAUGCUGCCAGAUACUUUUAUAAAUCUUUCUACUUUGACAGGCAACCUAUUCAUGGUGCAUUUAGAUAAAAUGGAAAACAGAUCCUAAAUUCUUCAGCUGUCUUAGCCAAUUUAUGUGUAUAACUCCAUCACUUACAAAUUACUAAAUCUAUUUUUGUUCCAUAUAUGUCAUGAAUAAAAGUAUAUAUCCUCACUUACAGAAACAUCCCCAAAUCACAUACAAAGCCUAAGAACGAACGAAAAGUCAUGGGAAAUUUUUUGUUUUACAAAGAAGCCCUGCUUUCUUUCCAGACGUAUUUUCUAUCAUUAGAGAGACUAUCUGCACUUACAUCUACAGUAAUCUUUUUCCUUCUUUGCCAACUGUUCAGUGCACAUGUGCUCCAUCAGAAAUGGCACCUGGAUGACAGAAGCUCAAAGAGUCACAUAUGUCUAAAAUAGAGCUCCUUUCCUCUUGGGCUGUCUGAACUGGUGUAAAUAGGAAGUUCAGUUGAUCUUGAUUUUAAUUAACUUAUUACUCUAUUAAUGUAAACUUGGAAUUCUAUUUUAAUUAUGUUGUGCUGGCUGCUUGCAGUAUCAGUUUGCCCCUCUUGUUAGGGAGAUAUGUAACAAUCUGUCAUUUAAUUGUGCAAUCUUUUUCACACAACAGUAGUAGCAGAAGUCUUACCUACUCAGAAUCAUUUUUCUUGGGUUGUCUCUUAAAUCUGAACAAUACAGAGUUGUUUUACAAAAUUACAUUUUGUCUCUUGAGAGUUAAUCAAUUAGAUCUUUUUUGUGAAAAAUAAAUAAUAGAAAAAAUAUAUCUCA